AUGUUCCUGAAAACUUUUCUGGAGACCAUGGAGCAGCACUUCUUCGCUGGUUUCAACAUCGUGUAUGUCUUCACCAAGCAUCCAAAGAAGAUACCCCAAGUCAAAAUGGCCGGUGGCAGACAGGUAAAGGAAUGCCACAGCCACCCGCACACAAGGAAGUGUUGUGUUCCCAAUAAACUGUCCGCCUGGUUUCUAGAAGCAACUUCUCGCAGGAUGCAGCCAAUCCAGACCCUACUAAAGGAGGAGCUUUGUGACUAUGCCGACUACAUCUUCUGUCUGGAUGUGGACUCCAAGUUCCACAGCCGCUGGGGGAUGAAGUCACUGGGUGGACUGGUUGCUGUUGUGUCUGCAGGUUACUGCAAAGUCGACUGCAGCGUGUCCCCCCAUGAGCAGCGGCCCAUCUCCAAAGCCUACGUGGCUCCUGGGGAGGGGGACUUCUACUACUGUGGGGCAUGUGGAGGCCUCCUGCAGGAAGUACACCACCUCACCAAAACGUGCUGCUUCAGUCUGGAGGAUGAUGCUAUGAAAGUCAUUGAGGCUGCUUGGCAGGCGUAGAGUCACCUGAACAGGUACAUGUGGAUUAAUAAGCCCAAUAAGGUUAUUUUACCUGAGUACCUGUGGCAGGACUUUAAACCCAAAGACCCUGAAGUUCACAUCAUCAGGUUCUCUGGAGUCGCGAAGAACUACACUGAGAUCCAACCCAACAUCUGA